ACACACAGACACACAUACACACACGCGCUCACUGACAGAUCGUAGAUAUAUAUAUACACUUACAAAAACACUCAUAUACGCAAGGAAAUCAUUGGAGAGAAAAAAACCGGUAGCGGUAUAUAAUGACACAAUUUCAUUAGUUCACAGUUCAUAGUGCAGAAGUUACGAACGUUCAACCUCAACUUCUACGCAACUUGUGAUUCUUGUGAAUCUUGUACUAUCUCAUCUUAAGGUUUUUCUUUCUAAAAAUAUAACAUAAGAAAUGAAUCAAUCAAAACAAGAAUGGGCAGCAAUCUUCGAUGGACUUGAUACAUCGAAGGAUGGAAAUUUGUCGGUUGAAGAACUUAGUAUUGGUCUCAAAAAGAAAAACAUUCAUGUCAGCGAAGGGGCACUAAAGAGCGUAUUGCAAGACAUGGAUGUGGACAGUGAUGGCAAAAUAAGCAAGUGUGAGUUCGUUGAAGCGAUGAGCAAACCUAGUCUUAACGACCCAAAGGCGUUGCGAAGAGCUUUUGAGGAGAUGGAUAAAGACAAAUCUGGCUUCCUCACCAAAUGUGAGGUGGAACAGGUAUUGAAACAAAAUGGUAUGAAGUACACUGAUGAGGACCUUAAAGUGAUGUUUGAUGCAGUUUCUGGUAGGGAUGGGAAAAUUGAUUACGAUGAAUUUGAGAAGGCUAUGCGGAGAUAGAAAUACUUAUAUAAAGAAGUACAAUAAAGGUUUAUACCAAAUUUGUUUGCAUUAAUUAGAAUUCUCUUUAUAUACCUUUCAAUUUUGAAUCAAAUGUUCUCAUAACAUAAAAUGAUAAUUGUUUCUCAUUUUAAUAAUUGUCCUGAUUUGAUAAAUAAAUCAUAACGAUAUAAGAUA